UUGUCUUCCGAAUUUAAGUAUGUUCAAAUGUUAAUUGCCUGAGCAGUCAAUACAAGUCAGUGGAAUAGCAAAUUGAGGAUUGAUUCAACGUCCUCUCACUUAGUCCAAGUGACCCCAAUGCACUGAAUUUGUUCAGUUUUAAUCUGAAGAUCAUUACAUUCAAAUCACAUGAUCGCUAUGGAAAUUACAACCGUUUGUAUUCUGUAACUCUUGCUUCUUUCAUUCAAUCAAUCCACUCUAGAGGUGUUUAGUCAUGAGACUAAGUUUUUUUGACAUCCUCAUCUGCAGAAAUAAUCAAUUGGAGAAGAAAUGUGCCAUUCAGCGCCUUAGGCCCAGUCACCCGCUUUGAAACAAGCAAGCGUCUCUAUUCUCCUGCACCCGUUUGGUGUCGCCCUCUGUUGGCCAGGGAGAAUGUCUUUUUUACGACAUUAACACAUGAUGAGCGUUUUACACCACCAAAACCAAAUGCCGUCACGCGGUGUCAGCAUGAAGAUCGCCGUGCUGGGAGCCACCGGGCAGACGGGCCAGUUUGUGGUGAGACAGGCGCUCCAGCAGGGCCACGCCGUCACCGCCGUCGUGCGGAACCUGGACAAGCUCACCGUGCGUCAUGACAACCUCAAGGUAGUGGAGGCUGAUGUUUUCUCAGCAGACAGCCUCAAGUCUCAUUUUGAGGGCUCAGAUGCGGUGGUCUCCUGCUUGGGCUUCCCGACUUCCUUCUUCUCCAACGUGACGGGCUACACCGAGUCCAUGAGCGCUGUGAUCACAGCCAUGCGGGAGGCACGCGUCAACACCAUCAUCACCAUGACGUCUUGGUACACAGACCCUAACUCUGGCACUCAGUCACCGUACCUGAUCCGUUUCCUGUUGCUGCCCCUGAUCCGCAGUGUGCUCAGCAACAUGUGGGAGAUGGAGCAAUACCUCCGGCAGGUAGAUGACGUCAACUGGACCGUGGUGCGCCCGCCCGGUCUCAAGAACUUGCCUUCCUCAGCCUUGGAGAUCUUGACGCACGAGGGCUACUUUGUGCCCGAUAAGAGCGGGUGGCCAGUGGGAAGCGCCAUGGGACGCGGCGACGUGGCUCGCUUCAUGCUAUCGCUUCUCACCAGCAACGCUUGGGUGAAGAAGGGAGUGGCCAUCAUCACCAAAUGAGAAACAGCCUCUAACUCGACCUUGUUGUUUAUUUUGGCCAUCAUGUAUGAAGUACCACUCCAGUUGAAUUAAAUAUUACGCAAAAAUCUGCUUACAUGCAAUAAUCAUUUUAGUCACAAGGUGGCAGCAUAGAAUAUAUCCCGCUCAUACCAAAUCAAUAGCACAUUUAUUUUUGCCUUGAUGUUUAAUGGAAAAUGUGCCUUUAAUUUCUUUUUUGUACACUACUCACAAAAACCUUUUGGAUACACACGUUACUGAUUGAGACCUCUCAAAUGAGACCUCUUAAAUGUUAGACUAAGUAGUUUUCACAAAACAAGAACAAAAAUACACAAGGGUUCAGUUGCUUCAAUUCUUUGCGGAUUACUGUGACCCAUAUGACCAAGAAUCUACACAGACAUAAAAGCACAAUUUGUAGCAAGCAAA